ACAGGCUCUGAGGCUCCUCCCCCUCGUCUUCCUCCUCCUCCUCUUCCUCGCCUGGCAGUCUCCCUCCCGCCUCCCUGGGUACCACUCAGAGCAGAUCCAACGCUUCCCUGCGUGUUUUGUUGCCCCGCGAGAGCCUGGACCCUAAGAGAAGACCCGAAGAACAGUCACGAUGGGGAAGCACCAGAUGACUUGCUGGCUUGCCAUUUUUCUUCUGUUGAUACAGGCUAAUGUUUCCCUUGCUAAAAAGAAGCCCAAACCCAGUGGUGGUGGCUGGAAUACAGGGGGGCAGCGACAACCCGGCUACCCCCAACAGCCUGGCUAUCCCCGCAACCCCGGCUAUCCUCAACAACCUGGCUAUCCUCAACAACCUGGUUAUCCCCAACGCAAUCCUGGCUACCCCCAACAACCUGGCUACGGUGGGGGCUAUGGAGGAGGCUACGGUGGGGGGUAUGGUGGAGGCUAUGGAAGCAAUCCAUAUGGUGGCAAGCCAUGGAAGCCCAAACCACCCAAGACCAACCUGAAGCACGUGGCAGGAGCAGCUGUCGGGGGAGCUGCAGUCGGAGCCCUUGGUGGCUACCUCUUGGGCAGAUCCAUGUCCAACAUGCAGUUUGGUUUUCCCAACCAGUAUGAUGAACGCUGGUGGUAUCAAAACCGUGACCGUUACUCUGACCAAGUAUACCAUCCUCCCUACAACCCUUCUGUUUCGAGGGAAGUCUUCGUGAGAGACUGUGUGAAUGUCACGGUGACGGAGUACAUCCAGCCCACUGGGAAUCAGACCGCGGAUGAAGUGGAAAUGAGAGUGGUGCCACUUGUGGUGCGUGAAAUGUGCACAGAACAAUACCGGUUGCUCUCAGGAGUAGCUCUCAGCCUUCUUGCCAACCCUUCUCUGGUCUUUACCAUCACAUUAGCCCUGUGUUUCUUGAUACACUGAGGUUGCCCUCCUUGAGCCUCCACCUCGCUAACAUCCCAGUGGUGGAGAAGGAAAGAGAUCUACAUAAAGCUACAGUUUUGUGGAAGAGUACAGUCUUCAUAUUGCACCUCUUGGGUAGCGUGUCUUCAAGAGCUGUCACACCUGCUGUGUAUUAAUGGAUAACACAGGCUUCCUCCUCACACACUUCUUUUAUAGCUAUCCCUGUUUCUGUUUGUAGUGGUACAAAAUAAUUUUAUAAGGGAAGAAGAUGAAGGGUUAUUUUUUGUUACAAUGCAGGGAGCUGGCCAUCCAUCAAGUGGCAUCCGUCUUAAUAGAUCAUUGAGCUUAACUUCAUGCAAAAAUAUGUAUAUGAUUCCACAUAUUUCUGCAUUUUCUCUGGCUACUCCUGCUCCUAUUACUUCUCGGAAGAGUAAGCCAUUUCCUCAUACUACCGAAGACUGGCUUUGUUGUCGUCAACUUUCACUAAGAAUGGUUUCCAGUUUACAAUGGGAAGUAUGGAGUAAUGACUUGUGCUUUCUGUCCUUGGUCCCUAUAGGAGUCUGCAACUGACUCUUAAUCAUCCAAAUAUUGCAUCUAUUCAUGAACAAAUAGGACUUACAGAUAGUAAUUUGACAUUCAGAAGAGCCCUUGAAUCUUUGGGGAAUCAAAUUCUGCAUAAGUGGCCAAAAACAUCUAAACUGGUCCUUGCAAUAUUGACAUAAGAACAGAUAAGCAACAUGAAACACUCCCUUUGUCUUCAACAUAGUAAGCAUAGUAUUUGUUAAGCAUUUCUAGAAUAAUGAUGUGAGCAAUGUGAACUGGAAUCCUAAACACAUAUGCAAAAUUAUCUUGAGUUCAAAAAAGUUGCUUUCAAGUCGGCAUGUGUAAGGUCCUGUUGAUAGACGGCAUCGGUUUAGGUGGGGAGCCAUACAGCCAUACGGCUUCCUGCUCCUAUAUCAUAUCCUCACCUGUUUUUGCAUGCCUCACACUUGCUGUGCUUCAUUUUGUGCAUUUUGAUUUACAGAGCAGGCCUUGGCAUUGGGCUGUCAGGAAUGCAUCCAUCGCUAGUAGAAUUUAUCCAUUUCAAUCGUUUAUCUGAUUUGAACAUGGUAUAUGUGAGCUCUUAAGGCAGAUAUUCUAAAGGAAGACGUUAGGUGCAUCUACACAGGGAAUAUACCCUGAAGUAAGAGAGGAUCUUCUCUAUAGUAUUUACAUUAAACAGGAGGUCAUCUUUCCCCCCAAUACAGGGCAACGUUGCCUAAUGCAUUGGGAAUAGUCAGAGAAUGCUGCGGAGCUUUUCCAAAGCUCCAGAGCAGCCUUAGACUUCAGUGUGGUGUGAACAGUUGGGUCACUGUCACCAUCCCACUUUCCCUGUGCCCCAUGGCAUGGGGGGAAAGGGGUGGCUCUUAUCUAUGUUUGUUUUUGGUAACCAUACAUAGCAGCACUCGCAGAACUCUUUAUCUCUCAGCACCCUUGCCAAUGUCAUCAAAGGUAGCCGUAUGCCUUGGGGAGAUCAUGGGAUCACCUAGCUGUUCCCCUUCCCUCCUUCUCCAAGUCGCACGGGCACCUUUGUGUCAUUGGCAAUAGUGCCCAGCAGCAACCAGGAGCUCUUUGGUGCUUCAUGGAUAAUGCUACAAUGGCAUUACUGGUUUCAUCCCACCCCCCAGACAUCCCAACCAUGGUGGGAUGAGGUGGGUAAUACAAUAUGAAUGGGUUCCUGGGUAGGUAAACUCAACACAAAUAGCCCACUUAUAUACAAAAUAGAAAAUAAACAUGUUCAGUGAAUAAUAUGAAUAUUAAACUAGUUAUACUGUUCAAAUUCACAGUAAUCACAAACAAUGUUGUAUGGAUUUUGUACUUUGAAAUAGUAUCGGCCCCGUGUAUUCUUGUGCCAAGUUGAACAUGAAUCAGGCGCACCACUACUGUUUUUUUUGUUUUGUUUUGUUUUUUUUUUGUUUUGUUUUUUCAUGUCAGGAGCAACUUGAGUCGCUUCUGGUGUGAGAGAAUUGGCCGUCUAAAAGGACGUUGCCCAUGGGACACCUGGAUGUUUUGAUGUUUUUACCAUCCUUGUGGAAGGCUUUUCUCAUGUCCCCGCCGCAUGGAGCUGGAGCUGAUAGAGGGAGCUCAUCUGCACUCUCCCCGGGUGGGAUUCGAACCUGGCAGCUUUCAGGUCAGCAAUCCAACCUUCAAGUCACUUAGUCCACUACGCCAUCUGGGGGCUCCUACCAUGACUGGUAUCAGCCUUACUCUACUGGUCUGAAAUUAUUAUAUACUGUAUAUACUCAAGUAUAAGCCUAGUUUUUCAGCCCUUUUUUAGGGCUGAAAAAGCUCCCCUUGGCUUAUACUCCAGUGAGGAUCCUGGCUGGCUUAUGUUCUGGUCGUUUAUACUCAAGUAUAUAGGUAAUAAGACUUAGACAGUCUUAUCUUAUUAAAGUCUUAUUAUUAUUUUCAUAAAUUACAAUUUUAUGUAAACAUUCAAAAACAUUUAACCUAUUGAUGCCUCAAAUAAUGUAAUUUUAUUAAUAUCUAUAUUUAUUUUUAUUUUUGAAAUUUGCCAGUAGCUGCUCCAUUUCCCACCCUCGUCUUAUACUCGAGUCAAUAGGUAUUCCCAGUUUUGUGAUAAAAUUAGGUGCCUCAGCUUAUAUUCAGGUUGGCUUAUAUUCGAGUAUAUAUGGUACAUCAACAUAUGCUACAAAUAUAGCCAUUAACCAUCACAGAUUAAAAACACAUUUCAAGGUACUUACAAAGUCAUGGUGCGGCUGAUUCAUGUUCAACUCGGCACAAGAAUAUACGGCGCUGAUACUAUUUCAAAGUGGUUGUACAAUAUCCGUACAACAUUGUUUGUGAUUACUGUGAAUUCGAACAGUAUAACUAGCUUAAUAUUCAAAUUAUUCACUGAACUUGUUUAUUUUCUAUUUUGUAUAUAAGUGGGCUAUUUGUGUUGAGGUGGGUAAUAGCCAGCCCUUGAACUGAUAGAUGCGACCUACGUGUUGGACUGUACCUAUUCCGUCUGUCUUACCGCUUAUGGCCUGUUGUCAUUAUAAAGAGUCAGGACAAAGUUGUAUUAAUAAAGGCUUGUCUGUAUUUUCGUACUUGCUGACGGCGACACUGCAUUGUAUGGAAUAUAGAUUUGUAAGUGAAAUUAAAAUGCAAAGCACAUACAGGUACCUUUCCGAGUAUGUAUCUUAAUAUAUGCUGUACAUUUUGCUAAAUGAUUGUGAUUCAAACCAGCUUUAAAUAUGGUACAAGCGAAAGAAAAUGUACCACGAGGGCUCUGCAGUGAUACAAAUGCUGUCCUGGAAAUACUGGCUAACUUUGUAAUUUUGCAUGUGCUUAAUAUUGAGUUUCCAAUGUAUAUAUAUAUAUAUAUAUAUAUAUAUAUAUAUAUAUAUAUGUUUGAUAUCUAGUAAAUAAAUAAAUAAAAUGUGAUAAAAAUA